AUGUUACCAAUAUCAUAUACAAAUAUAAAUAACUCAAGAAUUACAAGGGAUGGGUCAUCGUCAAGAUAUAGGAGGUUAAUACCUGAAUAUUUUAGAAGAAUUUUUCAUUAUCCCCAAAUGGACAUAGAAUAUACUUUUUGGAUAAUGUUUUAUUUAUGUUUUGGUCCAUCUAGAGUUUAUAAAGUUACCUCUUGGCAUAAACAAACCAAGAAUCAAUGGGCAAGAGAUGACCCAGCAUUUGCAGUUAUUUUAGUAUUCUUUAUGGCAAUAGCAUCAUUAUCUUAUGCAAUUACUUUUCAUUAUUUAUCAUUUUAUCAUAUUAUAAAAACAAUGUUUUGGGCUGUAUUUGUCGAUUUUAUUUCACUUGGACUUGUUAUUGCAACUUUAGGCUGGUGGAUAACCAAUAAAUUUUUAAGAGUUUCGGCUCAUAACCACAGUGUUGACCAAAAUGUUGAAUGGUUAUAUGCUUUCGAUAUUCAUUGUAAUUCAUUUUUCCCACUUUUUAUAUUUUUAUACGUUUUUCAAUUUUUCUUUUUACCAAUUCUACUUUCAAAUUCAUUAUUUGCAAUCAUUUUUUCAAAUACUUUGUAUUUUGCAGGAUUUUCAUAUUAUUAUUAUAUUACAUUUUUAGGCUACAGUGCAUUACCAUUCUUACAACAUACCAAAUUUUUCUUAUAUCCAAUCGGUUUAUUCCUCCCUUGUUAUAUACUUUUUAUUGUAAUGGGAAAAAAUCCUACUCUUUCUGUUUUAGGAUUCUACUUUAAUUAA